AUGACAGCGCUAAUUGUGGUCACUUUUGCGGCGCAUACAAGGUCGCGCACAGCACCGAGCUGCGGUGGCACAUCGCGCCGUGGAAACCUUGAAACCACCCUGACUUUGUGGAUGAAAAUUAACAUCGAUAAAAAUUCCUGUGAGGUAAAAGUCGGAGUGAACUUGGAAACCACCUCGACUUGCUGCGUCGAAUGGCACCGGUUCACCUGGCACGCCGAUACAGUGUAUUUCUCAUUGUUUCCUGCUGGGCGGCUUCAGAUCGCUCGAGGAUUGAACAAGAUCUGCAGACAGAGCAGCAGCAGUAACGGCAGGAAAAGGCACAACCACAACAGGCGUAGGACCGAGGCAGCGACCUUUAGCUGGACGUUUCCCUGCUAUGACUCGGGCACGACGCCACCGGACAGGGUUGGGAUAUCUCUGUCGUCUUAUUCCAUUCGAAAAGAUAGUAUGCAUUGA